GCAGUGACGUCACUGGCCGGCGGCGGCCGACCCGCUAUGCGGCGCGGGUCAUCGGCCGCCGCCGGCCGCCGCUGCGCUGACGUGGUGUUGGCCUGUGACGCGGCGCUGCGGUCUCCGGCAGCCGGCCGGCCCCACUCGAGCGGCGGAGACGGGCGGACGGCACGGCUCGGGGGCGGUCGGACCGGCGCGGACCAGUCUCCAGCAACCGAGGGCCAGUCUCCACCUGCAGUCUGACGUCCCCGGACACAACACACACAGAGGCUCCAAGAUGCGCGCCACUCUGCUGCUGCUGCUGGCGGCCUCCGUCUGCGCCGAACAGGCCUGUCGCGGGCCCGACUGCAGCGGCUCGGACAGCGAGGGCGCCGGCAAGUACUCCCGAGAGAAGAACCAGCCCAAGCAGGAGAUCCGCGCGCAGAUGGCCAAGCUGCAGUCGGCGCUGCUCAACCUGAUGAAGGACCCGUACAACCCGGAGGUGCUCCGCUCCUCGCUGGCCGACCUCGCGCUCUUCGCCGACACGCCCGAGGGGAAGCGCUUCCUCGAGCGCUUCGGCGAUGUGAUGGACGGAAAUGGCGGCGGCGCAAGCGGUGCCAUGAUCCGGCAGAUCUUCGGCUCGGUCCUCGCUGGCAACGUGGACUUCAGCAAGCUGAUGACAGACGGCAUCAGUGCCAGCACGCUGGCCACCCUCGCCACCGGGCUGCUGAAGAAGGACGGCGGCGGAGGCAACGGCAUCAAGAUGGAAGACCUCAAACCGAUCAUGCAGAACUUCAUGCAGGUCAUCAAAGACGAACAGGCGAGUCCGUUCCUGCUUGAUCGGCUCACCGACGCGUUUAAGGAGACCAUGACCGAAGCUGAACUGAAAAAGUUCGAGAGGUCGGCGGCGGGUGUGCUGGGAGGCAUCAAGGCCGCCAGUAACCUGGACGACUCGGACUUUGUAUACGACCAGAGCGCGCUGGAGACGUUCGAAUCCUUCAUGCAGGACUUUGUCGACGAGCAGGAGUGGGAUUGGUCUCGGACCGGCUCCACCUUCAUGCGGGAGGUGAAGAAGGUGAUGCGAGCGUUCCCGGGCUCCGAGGACCAGAUCGGUCGCCUGCUGCCGUCUCUGAUGGAGGUGAUUGCUGACGAGAAGCCCUCUGAGAAGGAGCUGCCAGAGAUCAUUACCAACUUUGGCGGUAUCCUUGGCAAUGCCGUGAAGAAAGACAGCGCAGAGCCGGAGCUUGUGAAGCUCAUGCUGCAGAAGCUAAAAACACCACUCGACGAGAAAGCCAAACAGAGCGAACCAGAAAACGAGGCGUUCGUUGAAGAGGAGAAUCCGGAGGAUAAUGAAAUCGACACUGAGCCAGUGGAAGACGUCAAGCCGAAGGCUAAAUCUCGCGGCGAAGCACCGAAGACUGAAGAAAAGAAGGCCACCAUCAGUGCGGAUGAGGUUCUCAAAAAGGCUGAGGACAUGGUUAACAAAGUGCCAGACCUGUCCAAGCUCACAGACUCGCUGAGUGCCAUCGCCAACGACCCCGUGGCACUGCAGGCCCUGAUGAUGAAGGCCGCAAGCGGUGGUCUGGACAUGAACAGCAUAUCCAGCAUGCUGCCAGAGGUGGACGGAAUGGAAGACAUCACGGCCUACCUGGGCCAGAUCCAGAACAGCAAGGACGAGAAGGAGGUGGCCGGCCACUUCCACGCCGUGAUGGACUCUGUCGGCGACGCGUUCAGUCUGCUGAACAGCGAGGACAUCCGGCGGUCGGCCAUCGAGCAGGGUCUGCCCUACAUCCGCAUGGUGCACGACUUCCUCAAGGAGCCACUGGCGCUAAUGAAGAUCCAGAUGGGCGUGGCGUCGCUGGCGAGCAUGUACGACACCUCGGUGGAGAAGCUGAUCGACAUGGCGGCGCCCAUCGUGGAGGAGUAUGCCGAGCCCAUGGGCAUCCAGCUGGACUUCAAGAGCUUCUGCGACGACACGCACAAGUUCUUCCUCAAGGUGUACAACGAGGUCUACCAAUCGCGAAAGAGUCCCAUCAAGAAGCUGUCGGGUGUGAAAGAGGACCAGUACAUCGUGGAGACGGUGGACCACUCUGUUGGCGAGCCGGUGAUGUUGGCCUACAGCGCCUACCGGCAGGUUCGCCGGCGGCCCGAGUGCCUGCUGCAGGCGCUCUGUCGCGCCAACCGAGAAGCCAAGGAGACAGACGCCGGCGCGUACGGGGUCCGCACCACUGUCACAAAAAGCAUCAGCCGGCUGUUCGGCAUGCUGCUGGCCUCUGUGGAGCACGAGAUGGACUCGGUGGUGCACGACCAGGUUACCGAGGCUGUCGCCGAGGGACAGGCCGACGGCAACUGCGAGAAGCUGUACCCGGCCGACUGUGACGAGGACCCGGAGGAGCUGGACGUCAUCUUCUGAGGCCGAGCCGGCGUCACUCGGUCGCGUGACGUGACGCGAUGACGUGCCGUGACGUGAGGCGGGUGUGACUCGGCCGUGACUGCCGGGCGCGGCGGCCCGUGCGAACCGUUACACAGUCGCGACAGCCUCCCAUCUGAGCGCCGCUCGAGCCCGGAGUGGGCCGCAGAACGGUACCUCGAUCAGUGGAUCCCGCUGAGUCACUAUACGCGGGCUCGGAGGCAGGAAAAGCUCAAUGCUGUGAGUGAUGCGUCAGUCGGUCUGGUGAAUUCCGUCAGGUGAAGAUGAAAAGAGGGCAUUGCGCUUUAGUCAACACUUGUUAAAACUGAAAUGAGAUGCAUUAUGGCGGAAUGGUUCGGCCUAAAUCACGUUGUGUCUGUCUCGAUAAUUUACUUCGACUGGACGGUUUUCAAAGACUUCAGGAAUCUCACCAGUGUAGGUCGUUACUUCCUGCACAACUUCCUUGCCUACUUGCGACUGACUAAGAACGCACAUUUAUAACGUGCAUGAUCAUCACAGAUUGUAAUCGUGUUUGUUAUGCAAUGAAAUAUAUUUUCAUAGAAUUUCUGUUAAUAUUGAUAUGCACGUAUCAUUGGAAUGCAUACAGGUUCCUAGAAUUGACUGAUAAAACGAAAUGCCUUGAAUGGCAUAUCUGCAAGGUAUGCAAUAAUGUCUAUCGGCUAUUGUUGAAUCACAAUACAGUCCGUUUGCCGUCCAUAGAUGCCUGCGCUUCUUUCGCUUCUAUAUUGAAGACUGCUGUGCACUUCUUUCGUUUCUGUAUUACAGACUGCUGAACGUUUAUCAUUUUGUAGUGCUUUCCUGUGAAACACGUACCUACUGUAAAGCGUUGAUAGAGCACGUCUCUCGAUAAUUCUGGUGCAUUAUAGAACGUAAACUAUCGUUUCCCGCGGCUCAAAGCUCGUCAGGUGUCGACGCCCUAAUAAAGGGACUAGCCCGAUUCUUCGUAUGUUGACUUGUGUUCCGCCCGCCCUUCAAGGACACUCAGAGAAGGUGUGGAUCAGUUUGUUAUCUCAUUUUUAGGUGUCUGCAGCGCGCGUGUGUGCGUGUCCGCGUCUGUCUGGGUGUUUGUAAUGAUACUCUGACAUUAUGUGAAUGCGAUUGGCUGCAAUAUAACUUGUAUUACGUGA